CGCCGGAGGAGGAGUGGAGAUCCUAUUCAGAGGGGCCGCUCUCUCUAAAUAUGCCCCAGGAUGACGGAGCGGCCGCCGAGCGAGGCGGCACGCAGUGACCCCCCGCUAGAGGGACGGGACGCGGCCGAGGCCCGCAUGGCCCCCCCGCACCUGGUCCUGCUGAACGGCGUCGCCAAGGAGACGAGCCGCGCGGCCCCGGCGGAGCCCCCGGUCAUCGAGCUGGGUGCGCGCGGCGGCGGCCCGGGGGGCGGCCCCGCCGGUGGGGGCGGCGCCGCGCGAGACUUAAAGGGCCGCGACGCGGCGGCUGCCGAAGCGCGCCAUCGGGUACCCACCACCGAGCUGUGCAGACCUCCUGGGCCCGCGCCCGCCUCGGCCCCCGCAGAGCUGCCCGGCGACGGCCGCAUGGUGCAGUUGAGCCCGCCCGCGCUGGCGGCCCCCGCCGCCCCCGGCCGCGCGCUGCUCUACAGCCUCAGCCAGCCGCUGGCUUCUCUCGGCAGUGGGUUCUUUGGGGAGCCAGAUGCCUUCCCUAUGUUUGCCACCAACAACCGAGUGAAGAGGAGACCCUCCCCUUAUGAGAUGGAGAUUACUGAUGGUCCCCACACCAAAGUCGUGCGGCGCAUCUUCACCAACAGCCGGGAGCGAUGGCGGCAGCAGAAUGUGAACGGGGCCUUCGCUGAGCUCCGCAAGCUGAUCCCCACGCAUCCCCCAGACAAGAAGCUCAGCAAGAAUGAGAUCCUCCGCCUGGCCAUGAAGUACAUCAACUUCCUGGCCAAGCUGCUCAAUGACCAGGAGGAGGAGGGCAGCCAGCGGGCCAAACCUGGCAAGGACCCUGCGGUGGGGGCUGGUGGAGGGGGUGGUGGCGGAGGGGGCGCUGCACCUCCAGAUGACCUCCUGCAGGACGUGCUGUCCCCGAACUCCAGCUGUGGCAGCUCCCUGGACGGGGCAGCCAGCCCGGACAGCUACACGGAAGAGCCGGCACCCAAGCACACGGCCCGCAGCCUCCAUCCUGCCAUGCUGCCCGCCGCAGAUGGAGCCGGCCCUCGGUGAUGGGUCUGGGGCCACCCAGGACCAGCCAGGAGGGUGCCCUCAGGCCACAGGCACCAUGGGCUUUAGGGCAGGUGGGGUGAGGAUUGGGCAGCUCUGAAGCAGGGCAUGGACUUUUGAUGAGCUUUCCUUGAUGUCUGAACUGUGGGAAGUCCCAGCUGCCUCUGGGGCUGGCUUUCCUGUUUCCUGCCUCAGCAGGAGAACAGAAGAAUGGAGCAAAGUGGUAGGUACUUUUUAUGAAGAUGGCACGGUCUUCCCCCUUUUCCAAAUCCCUAAGACUUCUCAAGUAAGAGGCUGGAGUGGCAUUGCUUUUGGCCUGGUGCAUGGGAGCCCUGUCUUGGAUGAGACAUGGGGUUGUCAGCUCUCUCCUGAGGCGUCCGGCAGUCUCUGCCUUGCCUUUAGCCCCUCCCAAGCUCGCUGGGGUGGCUUUUGUGGCCACACUGUCCAAAUAUACAGGUACCCAAUAGCUGCCCAUUUCUUGAGCCCCAUCUUCAUCCAGGCCCCUGUUGGUCCAUCCAGCUUACCAGUGUUGCAGAGAGUCACAAGCCUCGAGGUGCCUUCUUCAGGGCCUGGUUGAAGAAGACAGCCAGUGGACAGCCUGCUCUCGACUAGCUGGGCCAGAGGGUCAGAAACCCAGAAGCCCUUACUUCUUGCCCUGGGGAUCGAAGCUCUGCUUUCUCCCCACUGAGACUUGCCUUCCUCAUCCUUGUGGCUGUGGGGACUGAGUCUGCGGCUGUGAGCGUGCCCUGUGAGCUUUGUUCGAAGGCAGACAAAGGAGAAAUGAUGAGAGUGAAAUUGAGCAAGAGCUAUUUGGGGCACGUGGGCUUCAAAUCGUGGUGGUGUCUCAGAGCUACCUGCCUGCGUCCUCAGCGACACUGUCCUCACCUCGCUGUUCAUGCAGGGAGCAGAUGCCAGUGUGCUGAUCGGUGUGUGUUGGUGCUGAGAGUAGACAUGCAGCCCCGUCUCGCGUUCUCCUAGCUCCUCAGAGGGGCCUCCCUGCUGCAGGAUGCCUGUUUGCUGAUGGUCUGGUCUGUGUCCUGAAACUGAAUCGACAACAAACUCUGUCCUAUGAAUUCCUGGCAUUUGGGAUUUUGCUUGACUUCAGGUAUUUGUGGGAUCUCUAGGUCUUGAUAUGACCCAGGAUCUAGCCCCACUUCUAGGGCCUGGGGAGCCCAGUGAGAGACCAGGCCCUGGCGGAGACCCAAACACAUUGACAUUCACUUAGCAGAAUCUUCGGCAUCCCUGAGUGCACAAAUUUUGGUCAUCAAGGGUGUGUAUGGGAGGCUGGCGUGACGCAGUAGGCGUGCUCCCCGUCAAAAGUUGUACAUGACAUUUUUGUAAAUCAAAUCCUUCUCUUCACCCUUUAAAGAAAUACUGCCACAAGUCCCUUGGUAAAGUGGAGAAUCCUUUUGUAGAGUGGAUUGCUGCCCCCUCAUUGAUCUCCCGUGUCAGUCCAGAUGGUGGGACAUGGUUUUCUUAAGGCGAGGCCUGCCUGUGACCCACACCCCAAGCCCCUGGAACAAACUGCACACAAGUCCUACAUACCUGUCAUUGUGCCCUCAAGUCACCCCAGCUGGCUCUGACCAGGCUCUGCCUUUGAGGUCAGAGGGAAAACAGUGCUCUGACUUUGCCCUGUCCAUAGCAAUGUGGAAGAACCAUCGCUGCGGCUGUCGGGAAAGGCCCUCACACCUUAUGGGCUCCAGCCUGGUGGCUCGCCCUCACCAUGGCAGGACCUUGGAGACAGCCACAUGCCCAUGGGGAAUGAUCCCUGCUCUCCUCCCCUUCCUUUUAAGUUGUGAGAGGUCCAGUUUGUGGGGGUGGGAGCAACAUGGUUAACCCUUGUAGCACUCUGUCUGUCCCAUUUCAGCACCCCCCCAAUCAUAUUUUAAUGAACAUUAGGAUUUGUUCCUUUCUGAUACUUGGAAGCUCCUGUGAAAAAUCCCAUCUGUCUAAAGAUGGAGCACCUGUUCUAGGUCCUAAGGCUGUGUUUGCUUCCGGUGGGUUAAUUUGACCUGGGAGUGAAAAGUGGCCACGGUGAGCAUAGGUGGAUGGGUUUUAGGAGAUGGGUCACACAUUCUAUGAGGAACUCCAGCUUCUGGCUUCCUUUUCUCUCAGACCUGCAGUGUGACCUGGAAAAGUUCUCUCUGAAGGUCAAUUUCUCGUAAAUACCCUGGCUUGGCCUGUCUCCUAGUGCUGUGGUGUGGACUGAAUGGAAUCAUGAAAGUAGAAGCAUUUUGAGACCGUACGGAACUCUGUCCACCUCACUAUAAUUCCUGCAGUGGGAUUUCCCACCCUGAGUCCAGGACCUAGGCAGUGGGCCAGUCUGCCUGUCUGCAUAGCAUUUGGGUAAUUUAGGUUCUAAACCACUUUAUCCUGAGUUAUCUAGAUUAUCCUUCUCUCUCCAGAUUGACCUCAUUUCAGUCUCAUUCCAAAGCAAGGCACAGGAGGGAGACUAGAAAAGAGAGAUGGGAACAGAGGCAGAAUAUGUAAAAAGUACUACAGCUACCCGAGACAGGCCUGUGUAGGGGUGGGCAAAGCUUCAGUGUCUGUUAAGAACUAGAAAAGAUCCAUAAUUUUCACUUUCAUUUCCAGCACCUGCCCCCACCAUACUCUUCUCCUUCCUCUGCCUCCUCUUCACCCAUGCACAUUCUCCAUCCAAGAAUAAUAUCUGUACAAAAAGGAAAAAAUGUAAAAAAACAUGAGGAGGACAAAGAUGAUUGUUAAUGACUGGAGGGAAUUACGUCUUUUAAGACAAAUUCGUAUUCUUUUAUUUGUAGUGGCAAACGACAAGAUGGUACAACCUUUAUCCUUUUCCGAAAGCAAAACAAAGGGCACAGAAUCGGCAGUCAGCCGACAACUGUCUCGGCCUUUGGGGGUGGUCGUGUCGUACUUGUGAUGUCAAUGGUACGUGGCCCCCGCCGAAGGCUUGCCCCCCAGCCCAUGUACAUAGCGCAUCGUUCCUGCGGGCGGGCCCAGCACUUUCCGUCAAUGUUGUACUGUACGUGAUGCAUUGCGUUGGUCUCUGCAUUUUUCUGCAGAAGAGGAGUAACCGCUCCAGGUACCUUGACCUUUGUACAGCCCAGAGGCCAACACUGUGGGCGUGUGACUCUUUAGCGACAAAACCCAUGUGGUGAUGAUGUGUGUAUAUAUAUAAGGAUAUAUUGGGAAGAUUUCUAAAUAAAAGUUUUACA